UUGAACUGCACACAAAAUGAUUAGGUUCCGGGAAGGAGCAGAAACUUUUUAUCGAUAAGGUCCUUUCAAAUGUCAGCAUUUUCAAAGUAUGAAAUACAAGUAAGGAACCAUAAAAAGAAACAUGGGACCAGUGAAAAUGUUGCUAGAGCAGGACAAUGCUCCAUGCCACACAGCCAGGUCAAUCAAGGUGUGGAUGGAGGACCACCAGAUCAAGACCCUGUCAUGGCCAGCCCAAUCUCCAGACCUGAACCCCAUUGAAAACCUCUGGAAUGUGAUCAAGAGGAAGAUGGAUGGUCACAAGCCAUCAAACAAAGCCGAGCUGCUUGAAUUUUUGCGCCAGGAGUGGCAUAAAGUUACCCAACAUCAAUGUGAAAGACUGGUGGAGAGCAUGCCAAGACGCAUGAAAGCUGUGCUUGAAAAUCAGGGUUAUUCCACCAAAUAUUGAUUUCUGAACUCUUCCUAAGUUAAAACAUUAGUAUUGUGUUGUUUAAAAAUAAAUAUGAACUUAUUUUCUUUGCAUUAUUCGAGGUCUGACAACACACACACACACACAAAACUGGCAUGAGGGAUGAUAUGAUUUGUUAUAUAACAAAAAAAUCACAUUUUGUGAUUGUAAGGCUUACAAGCUGUUUGCUUCCAAAUAGUGUUUCUCUAGCCUUGAUUCAUCAUGCAUAUCUUUUUGCAUAACCCCACAGGGCAUUUUGGUGUUUUGAAAAGAGGAAUGAAGGACAGAGCCUUAUUGGCAUCUUGACUCCCUGGGGAUUCAGUUAAUUAUCUGGCGCAUACUAGUCAUUAUCCAUUUGGGAGAAAAACAUGUCCUCAUGUUUCCACAAUAAAAUAAUCACUUGAAUCAUUUUAUGACUCAAGAUUUUAAAUAGCAUAAUAAAAUACUUAAUUCAGUUAUAGGUAACGGUUUAACAUGGUGGGCUAUAACUGAUUUAUGUUUUUUUUGUGAUGCGAUUUGUUUGUCAGUUUAAUCAAAUUGCCAGUGGAUAAGUUUAUAACCUUUAUACUGCUGUUAUAGACCUGUUUUUUGAGACACUAGUAAAUCAUACAGUAAGAUACAAAGCAGUGACCCAAGUGUUUGUAGCACUUUAGAUGUUGUGUAUGUUACAAUAUAUAUGUAUACACUAACAUUUAUAAUGUUUUAAUUAGUCUACUUUUUCAUUUAGUCAAUUUAACACAUUGUACAUUUUGUAAUUUGUUUUAUUCUUUUUUUUAUUUAGGGGGACACCUUUAAAGCAGGAUCCUGUGAUUUUUUCAUCUGGUAAUGAAAACGUUUUCCCUUACGUGCACAAUGCAGACCAUCCAGACAACUGAAAAGCAGGUCCCUGCUUUAACUGAAUUUUUUCAGAACCCCUUUCAAAGAGAGUAGAAAGAGUAGCUCUGCGGGUUUGAAGCAGCAGCAGCAGCAGCAACAACAACAAAAGCAUCGGCCGCCACGGGAAGGAGCUGUCUGCAGACAUGAGUGCUGCACUGAGCAUGUCCCUGAGGAGCAGGCUGCAAGCAGCCCAUUAUGCAGAGCUCCAGCUUCAGCAGAUGGGGGAGAGCAAUAACAGGCAUUUGCUUCCUUUACAUCAACAUCAUCGCUACUCUCGUCACCGGAAAACAAGCCUGGGUUACUAAACAGAAUCUCGUUGAGAGGCAGAGGAAAGAGCAUACAUCAGCAUGGCUUGAUUGCUAAGGGAGUCCGCUUGCUAAAAAACAUGGGUAACCAGGAUGGGAAGCUAAAGAAGGUGGGAGGAGAUAAUGAUGAGGAUGCUGGGGGGCCCAGGGAGGUUGAAUGCACAAAGAAAGGAGCGCAGGGAAAGAAGGCACAUGGUAAAUGGGCAAAGAAAUCAAAAUCUGAAUCCAAAGCAUCUGUUUUUUUGACCAAUAGGAUACGAAAGACCCUAUCCAGGGCAAAAGGGAUCACAGGGGGAUCAAAGGAGGAUGUUUUGGAAAACCAGGCAUCACAAGCAGAUGAGCAGGACAGUGCCCAUUCAAUCAGAACCAAAACCCCCAAUAUCAGCCUUUCUGCUGAUGAACUGGGCCUGUCGGACACAGAAGCUGAGUGUUUUCACCUCAUAACUGAAAGCCGACAAACAACUGUGGAAACACAAGAGGGACAAAAGGCCAGCUCUGGCUCACCUACUGAUAUCUAUAGUUUCCACUCAGCUGAGGAUUUGCUUUCUGAUAUCCAGCAGGCUAUUAAGCUUCAGCAGGGAGUUAUUGUUUCAAUAGCUGUAGAGCCCAGCUGGAAAGCAGAGUAUACAUAUGGGAGUGAUGUUAAAACGACCCCCCUAGACUCUGAGCAAUUUGUAGUUCUAGAGACGGUCUCUGACAGAGAAAAUGGCCUGGAUACUGAGCGGCACUUGUCAGAUGCAAGCAGUGAAAAACAAGACAUUUCUGUAUACGACACUCCAGAUGAUUUAAACCCCCCCUGUACUUUGUCUGGGACAAAGGAACACAAGCUAUUGAGUGAGAAUGCACAGCCUCUUGCAGCUGGAACUGAUGAGAGAUGUGGAAGCCCUGUUGCCAGGGCAACAACUACCAACAACUACCAAGACUUGACAGUACUUUUCGGAAGUGUGGACAGGGUUGAUGAGAAAAGUGAGGCUUCGGGACUGCCAUCUCACGUGACCGAAAGCCAGACUGAGAUUGAAAAUAACCAAGAAGAAACAAGUUACCCAGAAGUGACUUCUAAUGGCAGAGACAGUUAUGUUGAAUCAAUGCGGUGGGGCAGUAAUUUAAAGGCGAGUUUAGGAUAUGACCCUGCUACAGUAAAUAGAAAGGGUUGUUUGCCCUUUUCUCCAUGGCCUGCUGAAAGCCCCUCAACAGCUUCCCUUUUCAGGCAAAGUUUGAGUUCUGUGACCUCCCCUAGUGUCAAACCAUACCCUACUAUUCACCCCAGUUACAUUAAAACAACAACAAGGCAGCUGAGUUCUCCAAACCACUCUCCUUUGGUCUCACCUUCCCAGAGUCCCCUCUUUCGUAGGCGACAGUAUGACCUCGGCCACAGGACUAAGAAGCGAAAAGUCAAACCGCAAAAGUCCAACAACAUAGCCGGUCUCCUAAGCCGGUCUGCUGACUGGAAAGAUGAGCUGACCAACCUCCAGCCCAAAAAAGCAGGGUCUGCAGAUUAUUUGGAAUAUAGUGGAUCAGAGGACGGGCUGAGGAGAGGGAGCCUGCCAGUAUGUACAGCGUGGAAAUCCUCAGGUGUGCAGGCCCCCACGUGCAACUUUAACGAUGUCUUCUUUGGCCGGACGCUGUUGGGAAAGUUCUUCAGACAGGAGGAAGAUGCCCCACAGGAAGAGGCAGAGAAGCUCUGCUCCAAGAUUUUAGCCAUGGGCCUCUUGCUACCAUUCAGCGAUUGUUUCAGGGAACAGUAUGCAGGGAGCUCGGCACAAAUUUCACCCAAGUUUGAUCAAGACCUAUUGUACACCUGGGCUAAUGUCAGCCAACCAACACACUCUAUUGACCAUGCUGAGGGCCAUAUCCCAGGAAGGAUUCAGACUUUGUGGCCGCCACCCAAAUCAGAUGAUGAUGAGAAACCAGGACUGACGUACACGGAAGCGAAGCAUCAAGCAGCUGUCCUGACAUUGAAGAGGGUACAGAAAGAGGAAGUGCUAAAAUUACAUGAUGAAUUAGAGUUGAAAUCUGUUCAACUUAAGGAUGAACAUGUUAACGUCAUUCAACAGCUGGAGCAGACCAUAGAGGAUUUAAGGAUCAAAAUUGCAGAACUGGAAAAACAAUACAUGCCACUGGAGAAGGACAUAUGUACUAAACACCAGGAGUGUGGGAUUGAAGAUAGAGCCUUUAAAGACUUCUGUCAUGUUGACCUUCAGACUGAGGAAGAGACAUUUCUUAGCAGCUUGGAAGCAAAAUCUGUACAGACUUCGCCUGUGGAAGAAUGUUUUAAUUUCAAAGUGCCUUUAUCAGAUAAAAUGCCAUCCUCCUCUUCUAUUGCUCUUCCCCAAGAUUCAAAAGCAGAGCCAUCUCCAGCAAUACCAAUACCUGAGGCACCGACGUAUCAUUCUGAAAUCUCUGUGGUGUUGCCUCCCAGGCUAACACCAAAUUUUAUUGGUACCUGCCAGCAGCAACAACAGUCUUCACUGCCUUCAGGACAAAGUGGGACUCAACCACCCCCACCUCCACCCCCGCCACUACCUGGCUGCUCAGUGCCACCUCCUCCUCCCCCACCAUUACCAGGCUUUCUAGCACCGCCAUUGCCUAGCUGUGCUGUACCCACUCCACCACCCCCACCCCCACCUUCCCUCCCAGGAUGUCCCAUACCACCUUCUCCUCCACUGUUGCCUGGCUGUCCUCCCCCUUUUCCUUGUCCUGGUGGUCUAGUGCCUCCACCUCCACCCCCCUUGCCAGGUCAAAGUGCUUUCCAACCCAUACUCCCACCGCCACUUCUGCCUGGAUCCGGUCCACCACCACUACCUCCCUUACCUGGAUUGGUCCCACCACCACUACCACCCCCUCCCCCUCUAUUUCCUGGCACUGGGGGACCUCCUCCUCCCCUAUCGGGUUCUGGCCCCCCUCCACCUCCGCCUCCUGGCUUUGGCUCUAUUCCCCCUCCGAUGCCAGCAGGAUUAUUUGCACUGGCAAUGGGUCACGACAAGGGGGCAAGGAAACAGGUUGUCGAACCGCCACGCCCAAUGAAACCACUGUACUGGACUAGGAUUCAACUGCAUGGGAAAAAGGAAUCCAGCGGUGCUUUGGUGUGGGAGAAGACUGAAGAACCGCCAGUGGACUUUAAUGAGUUUUUAGAUUUGUUCUCUAAAACGGCUGUCAAAGAGAAGAAGCAGUCCCUGUCAGAUACUUAUUCAAAGACAAAAGCCAAACAGGUUGUCAAGUUGCUAAACAACAAAAGGUCACAGGCUGUGGGAAUCCUGAUGUCUAGCCUUCACUUGGAUAUGAAGGAUAUUCAACAUGCUGUUUUGAAGUUGGAUAACUCUGUAGUUGACCUGGAGACCAUUCAAGCCCUGUAUGAGAAUGAUAACAGCAGAAGUCUUUUAUCUUACAUCGUUGCCUGCUAUCUAAGGCACUUUGAUGAGGAUGCUGGCAGAGAGAACAGUCUCUUCCCUCUCCCAGAACCACAUGACCUCUUCCAGUCUUCUCAGAUGAAGUUUGAAGAUUUUCAGAAGGAUUUGCGCAAGCUAAGAAAAGACCUCAACGCAUGCGCAAUUGAAACUGAAAAAGUCUGCUGCCUUUCGUCAGAAGAUCACCUGCAGCCUUUCAAAGACAAAAUGGAAGAAUUUCUCAGUCAAGCUAAAAUUGAUCUAGAGACUCAGGAGAACCAAUUGACUGAAACACAUAAAGGCUUCUUGGAAAUAACUGUUUACUUCUCAAUGAAGCCUAAAAUGGGAGAAAAGGAAGUGUCAACUAAUACGUUCUUCACUGUGUGGCAUGAAUUCUGCACUGAUUUUAAAGACUCAUGGAAGAAAGAAAAUAAACUCAUCCUGCAAGAAAGGCUGAAGGAAGCAGAGGAUUGCUUCAGGCAGACUAAAGAAAAAGCUUCCUAUAAUGUUAGACCCAAGCAUGACUCAGGAAUAAAAGCAAAACUGAAAAUCUGAGUUCCUGUCUGCAGAAAUUUAAAUAAAAAUAAAAAAAUGACAACCUUUCCAGAGGAGCAUUAAACUCAUAAGGAAACCAACAUUGUUUCAGAAACUGUCACUUGGCUUCCUUUUAAUUUCAUCUCAUAAGAAGUAUUCUCUUUGUGUACGUUUUGUGGACAAGUUAGCCUUAUCAUCCAAAUCCUUUGUUUCACCAGUCAAAGGCACAGGUACACUUGUGAUGAUUGGCAUACUUCUGUUGUGCUCCUGGCAUUGGUAAGAAAGGCUAUUGUGGCCUUACAUUGUAGAAGGAUCUUAAGUUUCUAAAGUAUUGAGGUUAACACUGUGUGUGUGCCUAAAAAUCCUCCUGACGCAAGCGGUAUAUGAGAUCAUAAUCUGACCUACGAAGCUCUUCAGUAUAAUUGCACUCUUGAUGCAGUUAUUGCCUGGUUUUCUCUUCCAGCAUGAAUAUGUUGAGUGAUGUGCUUGGUCUGUAGACCGAGAGAAACUGCUUUCAGCAUUGGAGUCACUUGAAGUUUUAAGUAAUAUCAGUUGAUCUGGUUGUAGCCAGUAUGAAAAUCAAAGUUUUAUGUCAAGAUCAUAUUUGUGUAAAACAUGUAUACAAGUCAGACCUCAUUGAGUAUCACAACACGGAGAGGGCAAGAGAACUGUGUUACAGACUUUGCCGUACAGAAGGAUAUUGUUCUGUUUAAAAUGUUGAUCUUGGUGUAGAUAAUUGCAAUAACUUCUAGUUAUGAUCAUGAAGAGAGUAGAGUUGCUGGUUUUUAUUUUUUUGCAAGGUGGUAAAUUACAUUUUUGUAUUUUGCUUCUAAUGCAAUGGGCGUUUCAUAAUGAAUGUGAAAUCUUGUUUCAUUUUUUUUUUUUUUACCUCAAGUUUUAGUCUCAAGUCUAAAGUGUUUCCCACUUAUUAUGGUGAACUGUUGGCCAGAGCCUUUUAUAGUAAAAGGUAUUUGUACCUCCUCUUGCCCAAUUCAUCCUAUGCAUUACACCUUUAGUAGGUAGAAUCUCAUGGACUUUUCUCAGUUUUCAAACACAUUCAUUACAUUCACAUGAGGUCAAAUUUUAUAAACAUGUUUUGUUUUGUUUUUUUGGAAAAAAUUAAAAUUUCAUUGGAAUAUUUAUUUUGGUAACUGAUUGGUACAUACUGAUUGGUUUUCAUACGGUUCAAUUUACAUGUGAAAUGGCGAUGCGCGUGCACGUUUGGGAGAAAUACUCUGGUAAAUCAGGUUUGUGGCCAAAAAAAACGGCCAAAGAGAGGGAUAGGGUAAAUCUCAUUUACUCGUGUAAAUGACGAAACACACAUGAAAUCCAUGCAUAGUUUCGCAUGGAAACCCGCAUUUCACGUGUAAAUGUUAAUGAGCGUGUUUAUCUUUAACUCUAAAUAUUGUAAGAGAGCAGGUCAGUUGUUAAAGUGGAUUCCAAGACGGCAGAAAGUAGUGGCUGAUGGGCCAUUUUAUGGUUAGCAGUGGAUAGUUCACCUUAAUGAUAAUGUGGGUGUUUUUUUUAUUAUUAUUAUUGUGUUUUGCUGUGUCUGGUCUGUCAUGUUGUAUAUCUCUUGUGGGUUUACAGUUCUGUAUAAAACCACUUACCAUGAACUGCGUCAUGCCCGUGUUAUAGUAUUAAUGCAGCUGUUUGAGAAUACCCUUGCUGCUUAAAUGUCUAACUGAAUUCAUUCUCGUCCUUUUUUUUUUGAUCCCAGCUAUGUCCAAAGACAACGCAUGUCUGCCCUCCACGUUAGUAAAUAUAGUUUGUGAACUGGAUGUCAUGAGCCAGCUCAAUCGCCCAAAACAGCGCAACAACAUCUAACAAGUUGUUGAUGCCCUCUCAUAACUGACCAAAUAAAAUUGUAAAUGAACGUAUUAAUUGCGUUUUAUUUGUUUGCAUUAUUAAUAUUUGACACAACAGCAAAUCCAACACAACUUAAAAGAAAGGAGAGAAUCUCUGACAGCACAAGCCUCCUGAUCGCUCCUGUCAAAUUGAAACUGGCGACUGAGGUAAACUUAACAGUUGCCAAGUCAGGGCAGCAGUGUGGAGUAGUGGUUAGGGUUCUGGACUCUUGACCGGAGGGUCAUGGGUUCAAUCCCCGGUGGGGACACUGCUGCUGUACCCUUGAGCAAGGUACUUUACCCAGAUUGCUCCAGUAAAAAAUCCAACUGUAUAAAUGGGUAAUGGUAUGUAAAAAUAAUGUGAUAUCUUGUAACAAUUGUAAGUCACCCUGGCUAAGGGCGUCUGCUAAGAAAUAUAAACGUCUCAGCCGGUUUUCAGCCAUGGUGAUCUCCUGUUGGUCAGUUUUAUUUUAUACCUCUGAGUUUAUUUAUAAUGAAUGAAUCGUAAGAUACAUUAGUUGAAACAGCAUUCACUACUAACGACAUUUGAAAAACAAUUUGGGCAAGAGUAGUAAAACACAUUAUUAACCAGCCAGGCACGAGGUAUUUUGCUUUAUUACAGCAGGUUAGAUUCACUCGUGUAUCAGGUCUCUGCACAUGGAAACCACAUUUUCACAAAAUGUCACUAGUAAUCUUCAAAAACAGCAUGAGUACUUUACGCAUAGCUAAUUUACAUAUCAACCUCCACCUUUCCUAUUCAUUUGCAUGAUGUCAAGUGAAAAGCCCCGUUUACUCAAGUAAAAUGAACUGAGCGAAUGGAAACCCAAAAAAGCAUUUUUACACAAGACAUUUUUCUCGUUUAAAUGUCUCGAGUUAAAAAAUAAAAUAAAAAAAAAAGCUUGCAUGGAAACCCCAUGAAUGAGGCAUAGGCACCUGGGAAUGGUUUGAGUUCAGUUCAGUCAUAGUGGAAUUCCAACUAAUAGAGUAAUUGAGUUUUCAUCAAACUGCUAUGACAGUUACAAUUUAUACCACAGUGUAACUGAUCAAAUGAAAUGUUAUCACUUCUUUACCUUGUUGUAUUAUGUAGGUCACUGAUUGAUCAUGGGAUUUGUUUUCUGGGCAUAUCGAAGCACACAACAAGAUAUAGGGGUAUAUUGAAUUGAUCUAAACUGUGGCCAACAUAAAUACUGUUUAAACAAUUAAAAAGGGCCCAAGGGUAUGAAAUCAGUCAUCCAGAAGUACACAUGUACUUGUUUAUGGGAGGUUUUAAAAAAUGGCAGUAUUUAGUUCCGAUGUUGUUCAGUUUAAUUGAAUGUACCCCCAUGCAGUUAUUUACAAUUUACAAUUCACAUUUCACCAGUCACUUUUCUCUUCAUUUAUAUAACUUGUUUCUGCUGGAGUGAGGUAUGGGGGUUCAGUAAGGGUGACCUGAAGUUGAUAGAAACAGAAAAAUGACUUAAAAAAAAAAAAAAAAAUUCUAUAGAAUGAGGUUUUAGAAAAAGACAGUCUUAAUGACAACAAUUGUGUUUUUAAAAUAUUAUAAAAUGAUAUUCUAAUACAAAUGACUUUCCAUAAUGUUUUUUUGAAAAUCUGAAUUCCUAUGUGAAUGCAAAUACCCUGAUUUGUGUAAACAUAUAGAGAGGCUAUCCAACAAGUGUUUUUAUUUCUCUAAACAAAUGUUUUGCCCACCAAGGAUGUUUUUCAAAAGAAAAAAAAAAAAACACAAUAUAUUUAUACCAGCGGUUGCUUUAGUAUUGGGUUUGGACAAUAUGAAAUGUGCUGUACAUAAAAAAAUAAUUAUAAAUAAAGAAGGAUUUGUUCAAUAGUUUGGCCAUGAUGAUCCUCCCAUUGAUUUUAGGAUUAUGUGUUUUAUUUAUGAAUAACAAUAUAUUUAAUAGGUACCAGCUGGCCAAUGUUCUGUUUGCCUGUGCUAAAUAAACAUCAUCUGGAAGUAUAGUAUAGUAAAUUACAUUAUUGUCUUGUGUUACUUGACUGGGCUACUAAAACUAUAUAUUUUAAGUGCUAUAUAUUCUAUGAUUGUAUGUAUGUAAAGUAGUAUUAAUUAUGUAUUUUUCAGGGAGAACAUAUUCAUUUAUUUAUUAAUUUUUAUUUUAGAAUGUAUACGCAUGUUGUUUUUUUAUGUUUCAUAGCUCACCAGUGCCCGAUGUGUAUCACUCUGAAAUACUUGCAUAUGAAUUAUCAGCAUGUGCAAUGUAAUACAACGUAUUUCUAUUUGGACUUUUUUUCCAAAACUAAAUUGAUUUAUAUGAAAAUAAAAUUAGAAAAUAAAACAUAAAUGUCUUAUGUCAA